AGCCGUCUCCCUCAGCGGGACGCGCAAUAACAUUUCCAAGAAAUUGCACGUCAUUAUGUUCCCAUUUACGGCGUGAAAGGUUUCAAAGAGGUUCGUAACGUACCUGAAGCGCAGGCAAAUCAAGGCAUGAAAAGGCACAGAGAGAUCACACAGUACACAUUAACCAAGGGCUUGAUCGCAGCCGAGGACGUACAGUGUUGAGCCUGAAGUUGAAGGCACACGAUGAGUUUCGUGCUCUCUCUUUGGAGGGCGGGUGUGAUUCUCUGCUUGGGUCAACUUUUAUAUUGUGGAGAGGCCAGAGUGAAAACUGAAGUACAAGCUGGGCCUCUGUAUCGUGUGUUAGGCUCUCCCCUCUCCAUCACCUGCAGUGUGAGUGGCUUCAGAAGUGAAAACACUGACAAACAUUUUGAAUUCCGUAUGACGAAGCCUUCAAACCCAGACUUUGAGAUCCAAAUCAUCAGUUCACAUGAAGAUACUUUUGGAUAUUCUUCUCACCUAUCCCGUGUGAGAAAAAAUGAAAUUACUUUGAAACGUCUCUCACCAAACUCAGUCCGCUUCGAGAUAAAAAGUCUGCAGAAAACUGAUGAAGGGGAAUAUGAAUGUACUGCAGUCAACUUAGAAGGUGCUUAUGAUGGAGAGUAUUCUGCUAAGACAGUCGUUAAAGUGAUUGAAGACUCCCUGAGUGUCUCAUCAUCUGCUUCCAC